AUGUCGGGCUCCGUUCGAUCAAAACCCAACUCUCUCGACGCCAAACGAGAUGUCGAAUACGAGGAAAAUGCGCCUGAACGCGACGAGAUCCUUGAGCGAUAUGAUCUCAUCAAGGAUAUGAGUCCCGAGGACCGCGCUGCUCUUGAGAAGAAACUUGUGCGAAAGCUCGAUUGGAAGUUUCUUCCUAUGGUUACUGCCAUGUUGCUGAUGAAUUACCUCGACCGAAUCAAUGUUUCCAACGCCCGUCUUGCUGGUAUGCAGGAGGAUCUAGGCAUGUCGGACGUCACCUGGUCGCUCGGUAUCUCCAUGUUCUACGUCGGAUACAUCAUUUCUCAAAUCCCCGCCAACGUUAUUAUCGCCAAAGGAAGUCCCCGAGUCCUCCUCCCCGGUUGCAUGAUGGCCUGGUCCUGCGUCACAAUUUGCAUGCCCGCUGUGACCGCCGGCUGGGGUUUCUGCCUCUGCCGCUUCAUCAUUGGCUUCGUUGAAGGACCCUUCGUCCCUGCUGUCUCUCUGAUGACCAGCUCUUGGUACACAAAACACGAGUCUCCUCUUCGAAUGGGUAUCUGGCACGCUGGAAACACCAUCUCACAGGCUCUAUCUGGUCUUCUUGCUGCAGGCAUCUUGACCAACAUGGAGGGUGUGGCUAACCUCCGAGCUUGGAAGUGGUUCCUUCUUCUCGAGGGAGCUGUCAGUAUCAUUGUUGCUGCUUUCAGCUUCUGGUUCAUUCCCAACUUCCCUGACUCUACUGGAACAUACUUCAUCACCGAAGAGGAGGCCCAGAUGGCCCAGUACCGACAGGCUGUCUCAGCUGGUGGUCUUUCUGAGGAUGACACUGGUGGCUACUGGGAUGGUUUCUGGAUGUGUAUGAAGGACCCCUUUGCGCAUCUCUUCGCCGCUAUUCACUUCUGCCUCAUCAUCGGACAGUCCUACAAGGACUUCUUCCCUUCAAUCGUCGCUACACUUGGAUUCUCUGGUACUACAACAUACCUCAUCCAGGCCCCUCCUCCAAUCCUCGCCUUCCUCGUCACCCUGGUCAUCUCUUGGUCAUCCGGUAAACGUCUGGAACACGGAUACCACAUCAUUGUCCCUAUUCUGUUCACCAUUGUCGGCUGUGCUGUAAUGAUCACAACUCUUAACGUUGGAGCUCGAUACUUUUCCAUGAUUCUUCUUGUUAUCGGUCCUUUCGUUGGUCUUAACCUUCAAAUCUCCUGGGAAACCACCGUUGUUCCUCGCCCUCGUACAAAGCGUGCGGCCCUUAUCGCAUACGCCAACUGUGUCUCCUCCGUGUCUCACUGGUUCACUCCCUACUUCUUUCUUCGCAACCAGGAGCCUUACUACCAGACUGGUGGAGGUGCCAUCAUUGCCGGCUGUGGUCUUGUCGUCAUCUUUGUUUUGAUCACAAAAUGGUAUGUCAACAAGAAGAACAAGCAGCUUCAGGCCGCCGAGGAUGCUGCCGGUGAGCCUAAGGGAUGGAGAUAUGCUGGAUAA